UUUGGUUCGACAACAGAGUUUAGGCGCCAUUUACGAGAGAGAGUUUGCAGCGAGCUAACGAUUUGACACGGGGUUGACUUUUAAUCACUUUAUUUUUUUAGCUUCGCGAUAUCGAGAACCGUUUCCCCAUAAACUUUUGAAAAUACAGGGUGAUACAGAGGGAAUUGUUACAACAAGAACUUCGUCCGCAAGAUCUUUAGAUUCUAAAUCAUGCCAGCCAAAACGUCGAAAAGUUCAACUGCUUCCAAGUCUAGAGGGAAAGGGUCGCAGCCUCGGGAUGACUCCGAAGACGAGUUGGACGUACCCCUUAAAGAAGCGAACUCCAAUGGCCAAGAGGCACCGCCGACAAAUUAUCCGGCUCCCAGGGAGGGUGCCGAUGCUGUUGAUAAUCGAAGUUUGGAGGAGAUUCUUGGUAGCAUCCCUCCACCCCCGCCCCCAGCAAUGACCAAUGAACCAGGCUCUCCUCGCUUGAUGAUAACACAUAUAGUUAAUCAGAACUUCAAAUCCUACGCUGGCGAGCAGAUUCUGGGCCCUUUCCAUAAGCGCUUUUCCUGUAUCAUUGGUCCAAAUGGCAGUGGGAAGUCCAACGUGAUAGAUUCAAUGCUCUUUGUGUUCGGCUAUAGGGCUCAAAAAAUCAGAUCCAAAAAACUCUCUGUGCUGAUUCACAGCUCUGACCUACACAAGGAUGUGCAGAGCUGCACAGUGGAAGUGCAUUUUCAGAAAAUUAUUGACAAGGAAGGAGAUGACUAUGAAGUCAUCCCCAACAGCAAGUUCUAUGUUUCCAGAACUGCCAGCAAAGACAAUUCCUCGUCCUACCACAUCAAUGGCAAGAAGGCCACUUUUAAAGAUGUGGGAACGCUGCUGCGUAGCCAUGGCAUUGACCUGGACCACAACAGAUUUCUGAUUUUACAGGGUGAGGUGGAGCAGAUAGCCAUGAUGAAGCCCAAGGGGCAGACGGAGCAUGACGAGGGCAUGCUGGAAUACCUUGAGGACAUUAUUGGCUCCUGCCGUCUGAAGCAGCCCAUCCACACCCUGAGCCGCCGCGUGGAGCUCCUCAACGAGCAGAGGGGAGAGAAGCUAAACAGGGUCAAAAUGGUGGAGAAGGAGAAGACUGCUCUGGAGGGAGAGAAGAACACAGCCGUGGAGUUCCUCACUUUGGAGAAUGAUAUUUUCAAACAAAAGAGCCAGCUCUGCCAGUACUAUGUCCAUGACCUCCAGAAGAGAGUUGCAAACAAAGAGGAGGAGAAGCAGAGGAUCCAAGAUGACACCAAGGAACUCACAGAGAAAAAUAACAACAUCGCUGAGGAAAUGGAGAAGAAGAACAGAGACCUGAAAAACGUGGAGAAGAAACAAGGCAAGCUGACCAAGUACAUUGAGGGCCAGAAGGAGAAGUUUACCCAGCUGGACCUGCAGGAUGUGGAGGUCCGAGAGAAACUGAAGCACACCAAGAGUAAGACCAAGAAACUACAGAAACAACUGGAGAAGGACAAGGAGAAGCUGGAGGAGGUGCGUAACGUGCCGGCCAGCAGUGAGAAGACCAUCUCUGAGGCGUCUGCAAGCAGGGAGGAGUUGGAGAAACAGAAGGGGAAGGAGGAGGAGAAACUGAAGGAAGUGAUGGCGAGUCUGAAGGAGGAGACCAGCGGCCUGCAGCAGGAGAAGGAGACUAAGGAAAAGGAGCUGAUGGAGAUGAGUAAGGCUGUGAACGAGACACGCUCCUGUCAGGACGUGGCCCAGUCUGAGCUGGACAUCUACCUGAGUCGCCACAACACCGCUGUGACCCAGCUAAACACGGCCAAGCAGUCCCUUCAGACCACCACUGACACGCUGCGAGAUCGCCGCACCGCCAUCAAAGAGCUGCAGGUCAACAUACCCCAGUGUGAGCAGGAGCUCAAGAAGGAUGAGGCGGAGCUGGAGCAGCUGCUACAAGCAGACGGACAGGCCAGGGAGCUAGUGAGGGACUUGAGGCAGAAGGUGGAGGAGGCCAAGAGCUCCCUGUCCUCUAACCGCAGCCGGGGGAAGGUGCUGGAUGCCCUCAUGCAGCAGAAGAGAAGCGGCAAGAUCUCCGGCAUCCUGGGACGACUAGGUGACCUUGGGGCCAUCGAUGAGAAGUAUGACAUCGCCAUCUCAUCCAGCUGUGGCUCUCUGGACAACAUCCUGGUGGACAGCAUCGACACGGCCCAGAAAUGUGUCAACUUCCUCAAGGCCCAGAAUAUCGGUGUGGCCACCUUUAUCGGCCUGGACAAGAUGAAGGUGUGGGAGAAUAAGAUGGGGCCCAUCUCCACCCCAGAGAACAUCCCCCGUCUGUUUGACAUGGUGCGGGUGCAGGAUGAGAGUAUGAAGCCAGCCUUCUACUUUGCCCUGAGGGACACCCUGGUGGCCAAGGACCUGGAGCAGGCAACACGGCUUGCCUUCCAGAAGGACAAGCGCUGGAGGGUGGUCACCAUGCAGGGACAGAUCAUAGAGAUGGCUGGCACCAUGACUGGGGGUGGAGGGAGAGUGAUGCGGGGCAGGAUUGGCUCCUCCAUCGGCACUGAGGUCACCCAGCAGGAGCUGGACCGUAUGGAGAGCAAGCUGAAUGAGAAGGUGGUGCAGCUGCAGGGCUGCCAGGAGAGGAAGCUGCAGCUGGAGGAGAAAGUCCAGCGACUCAGACAGCAGCUCAGAGACAUGAAGAACACCCUGGAGAAAUACACCAACAGCAUGCAGAGCUUGGCAGAGCAGGAGGCUCACCUGAAGCCUCAGAUUAAAGAGCUGGAGGCCAAUGUCCAGGCAGCUGCCCCUGACAAGAAACAACAGAAACAGUUGGAGAAGAGCCUGAAGGACUUCCAGAAAGACUUUGAGGCAGCCUCAAGUAAGGCAGGGAAGGUGGAGGCUGAGGUGAAGAGGCUCCACACCCUCAUUGUGGACAUCAACAGCCACAAGCUUAAGGCCCAGCAGGACAAACUGGACAAGGUCAACAAGGAGCUGGACGAUUGCUCCUCAGCCAUCACCAAGGCCCAGGUGGCCAUCAAGACCGCAGGGCGUAACCUGAAGAAGUGUGAAGAGGGUGUAAGUCGCCUGGAGGGGGAGCUGGUGGAAAAUGAGAAGAGCCUGGUAGACCUGACGGAGCAUCUGAAGAGGCUGGAGGAGGAGGCUGGGGAGAUCAUGAAAGCCUGCCAGGAGGCUGAGGCAGCACUGCCGGAGGUGCAGGAGCAGCACCAAGGGGUGGGGGAGAUCAAGGUCCUGCAGGAGCAAGAGCACGCUCUGCAGGAGGAGUCCCUCGGCGUCCGCCUCAGAGUGGAGCAGAUAGACACCUCCAUCACCGAACACACCAACAAGAUCAAACACUGGCAGAGAGAGGCCUCUAAGCUUUCCCUUCAUGCCAUUGAGGACAAACCAGCGGAGGCUCUGCCCACGCUGACCCCUGCUGACCUGGCGGCCAUCAAGGGGCCUGACGUCAUCACCAACCAGAUCUCCCUAAUGGAGGCCCGCUGUGCCCAGAUGAAGCCCAACCUAGGAGCCAUCGCAGAGUACAAGAAGAAGGAGGAACUGUACCUGAAGCGUGUGGCUGAGUUGGAUGAGAUCACCACAGAGAGAGACAACUUCAAGCGUGGCUGUGAGGACCUGCGCAAGCAGAGACUCAACGAGUUCAUGGCUGGCUUCAACAUCAUCACCAACAAGCUGAAGGAGAACUACCAGAUGCUGACGCUAGGGGGUGACGCUGAGCUGGAGCUAGUCGACAGCCUGGACCCCUUCUCUGAGGGCAUCAUGUUCAGUGUGCGUCCCCCUAAGAAGAGCUGGAAGAAGAUUUUCAACCUGUCUGGAGGAGAGAAGACCCUGAGCUCUCUGGCCCUGGUGUUUGCUCUGCACCACUUCAAGCCCACGCCCCUCUACUUCAUGGAUGAGAUUGAUGCAGCUCUGGACUUCAAGAAUGUCUCCAUCGUAGCCUGUUACAUUUAUGAGCAAACCAAGAACGCUCAGUUCAUCAUCAUCUCCCUGAGGAACAACAUGUUUGAGAUUGCUGACCGUCUGAUCGGCAUCUACAAAACCCACAACACCACCAAAAGCGUGGGAAUCAACCCUAAAACCAUUGUCUUCAAAGAGCCAAUCUCAGUUUAGAACAGCAGUGACUCUGGUUUCUCCCUUAGCCACUCAUAGUAAGAUGUAUAAACAUGCAUUUCUCUUUCCGGUUUACUGUUCUUUCUCACCAUGUAUAUAAAACCAUGGCUUUAAUCUAUUCUAUCACACUGCUGUCUUUUUUUUUUUUUACUGAAGUUAAUAAAUCUUUUAUAACCAG